AAGGAAAAAGAAAAGGAUGAAUAGACUCAGUUGCAGUGAUGGGGGCACCAUUGCAGGAACCAAAAGCCCAGGUUGGGCACAGAUUGUCAUGGAGAAAAUCUUAUCUGUGUGGCCACGAGGAAUCAACACCAACUUGAUGGCACAUAAAUCAGAAUCAAUAAAGCAGAUGAUUUCCAACAUUCCCCCCCCGCCCCGGUGUGUGUGGAAGUGAAGUUUAUAUAGCUACAAUGCCCCCUUUUUUCAACAGGUGGUGAAAUAUCUGAUAAAGUGCAGUGUUAAGCAACACAAAAAGGACAUUUAUGGAAAUACCCCCUUAAUGUAUGCUUGCUUGAACGGCUAUCAGGAGAUAGCAGCCAUUUUAUUACAGCAUGGAGCCUCAGUUAACCUUCCCAAUAACCAAGGAAACACACCUCUUCACAAAGCAGUAAUAGGAAAUUACGAAGCUGUGGUUCAGGUGCUGCUGCAGAACGGCGCAUUGGUGCACCUUAGGAACAACAAGCAAUGCACCCCUCUUGACUAUGCUGAACCUAAUUCAGGCCUCCUCAAGCUUCUUCAGGCUGCAGCAUCCGAGGAAGACGACGGACAGAUGCUCUGCAAAACUCACAUGACGCGGAUGAUCAGGAAAAAAAGUGAGUGCUCCAUAGAGGCUAGUGAAAGAUUACUGGGAAUAAGAGCAGCCAGAAAACAAGAAUAUUGUUUUGAUUGCUGAACAAAUAAAAGUGUGUCGUCUCUGCUGGUAUGUUUCGACUUGUGUGUGCGAGAGGAUAGUUGGUGGUCAAGGUUUACCUAACUAUUGCUGGAGUUUUUGCAAAUGAUAAUGUUUAAGUGGGUGCAAUGCAGCAAGGUUGCCAAUUACUUUGAAAUAGAAAUGAAGAGCAGUGAUUUUGGGUCUUUUGUGGAUACUAAAACUUUGGCCUCAAGAUUUAUUUUUUGCUUAAUGCCAAGUUGUUGAAUAGUGCGGUAAUGCUGAGAAGUUAAUUGGUGGAGUUUAUGCCAGGAUCAAGGGUGAACGUGGCUCUAGAAAAGCUAAAGCCUUUUUAUUUUCCCAUUGGGUAAGCAAAAUUGUUACCUGUGGCUUAAUUAUUUGUAGUUUUAAAAGGACACCGGCUCUGAGAUUCUAGAAAUGGAAAUGGGCAAAGAUUUACCCCUCUUUUCACAACUGACUUGCAACAUAGAUUGCAAAUUGCAUCUCACUUGCUUUCAUUACUCAGAAUGAGAAUUGACACCCUUAGCCAUCCUGCAAAUGGUUCUCUAAAGGGUGCUUUCUACUCCUGGUUGGUGGAUGAAGGAAUUGGUCCUCUUAAAAAUUCCUUGUUGUAAAUCAGAUUGAAAGUCCAUUAAUACCAGUGACUCUUCUCUUACAUAGCCAUAGCCAGGAAGACCUUGGUAGAAAACUCACAAGUUACAAUCUUUACACAGCUGUUCUUGUUCAGGGGUCCUAUUUCAAGGCAGACUGCCCCUCAAUUGUUGUGAUUUCUGCAGAAAACGUCCGUCCCACUUGGCACUGUUUUCAGCUUGCACCUAACAAAAUGUAAAUGGCAAAGCUAGCAGUGUCAUUAAAGAUUCUUUGGCCUACAUGAGACAAGUAAACAGAGUUGCUAUAUUUAAAACUGUUUCCCACAGGAGUGAUCUUUGUGCCUGUACAUGUACCUACAGCUGCAGGCAUACAUAAUGGUGAGAAACCUCUACAUAUAGUCCUUGUUUAAUGACUUGACUCUUUUAGUAACCAUUUGCAUUUACGACAGUGAUAAAGUAACUGUCUUUGCAUUAUGACCUCUCCAGGUCUGUUAAGCAAAAAAGAAAAGCAAAGAAAAGAAAAGCUGGAGACGAUUAAGCACAAGUUGUGGUUUCACUUACCAGCCAUUUCACUUAAUAACCAAGUUACUAGUCCCAAUUGUGUUGCUAAAUGAGGAUUAACUCUAGUUUGUUUUCUAUAUGCACUGGAAGUUUUGUUAUUUGUAAAGUCAGCAUAGCAAUAGCACUUAGACUUAUAUAUCACUUCAUAGUGCUUUUACACUAAGU